AAAAGCGGCCCUAGGUCUCGGAUAACAAGGCCCGAGGGAUUUAGUUCAGACUCGAAUCCAGUGGCAAUGAGUUCCCCGGCGAGAUCGUCAGUCUCGGCGACGAGCGUCGGCCAGGGCUGCGGGGUUGGCGGCUUCGUCGAUGAGUCCCCUGGCCCUUACCAAUUACCGCCGGAUGCCAUCUUCUCCGCAUAUGAACGCAAGGACGAAGCCCUCGCUGCAUUGAAGUCAGAACUGAUGGAGGCGCUUCAGAAGGAAGUGAAAUCUUUGGACGAAGACGCCUGGAUGUUUGCUGGCCCUCGGUCUCAAAUCCAACGCAUUUCACGGCCAGAUACAACAUUAGAGUUUAUCCACCGUACUUCAGUGACCAUAAGGGAUGCAAAGGGAUUGUAAUUACUAUAUUGGAGGGUUUCUUUUCCUGCUAGUGUGAUCCUCCUGAAUUAACUUGCCGGCUGUGGGCUUCUCCACCCAUCCUUUGCUUCUCAGAAGGUACUCAGUUGAAUGAGCUAGUGUUAAGUUCAGAAACUGGGAUGGUUAUGAUGACUAAAAUCCAUUGAUAACCUUCAACAUGUAAUUAGGUGGGUAUCAAAAGAAGCAAACCGGAUCUUCUUGAGAGGUAAACUGAUUCAUCAAGCAAACAAGAACUGUUUUUGAGAUAAGAGCUUCCAGUGAUUCUAUGCUGGCAAUCUUGUGCCGAUAUGCUCUUACAUAAGUUAGGAAAUCUUUUUUAAAGAUGGUUGUGUUUGUUAGAGACAUCAGUGAUACCCACGCUAGCAUUAUAAUAGUUAUACUAGAAACAUUAUUCAGUGGAGUUUCAAGACUUGUUUUCUCUUCUUUUGGAUGAGCGACUAGGGAAAGAGAUAUGAACCUAUUAGAUUUGUGUUUCAUUCUCAAUUGAGUAAAAAACCUACAUUUUGAUA